GGAGAGAUGCAGACUUCCUGGUGAGCAGAGAGCCCAAACUGGGCUCCAUCCCAGGACCCUGAGAUCAUGACAGGAGGUCAAGGCAGAUGCUAGUGGGCCUUGCACGGGAAGAAUGGCCACCAUCCAUGUUGACAGGAGCCGGGAGGCCUGGCCCCGGUGGGCACCCCAAAUGCUUCUCCCCCCUUGCUCCCCGGCAGAAGUUUCCCCUGGCCAUCCUGUGGGGCUGGGAGUGCUACUGUGCUUACCCCACACCUCAGUUCAGCCUCCGGGAUGCCGUGGAUAGUGCGCUAUGUGGCCAGGAACCCAAGGCACAGAGGCUGGCUGGAUACUGCGAGGUCUACCAGAAGCCCGUGCAGGACACUCGCUGUACAGACCGGCGGUUUCUGCCAACCAAGGCCAAGGUGUUUGUGGCUCUGCCGAGCUUCCCGGGAGCCAGGAACAUGUGGGCGCGGCACCUCAUUGAGCACGUCACCUGCUUCUACACGGGGAGUUACAGCUUCGAUGGGACCCUGUACAACAAGGGGUUAAAAGGCAAGAAGGACCACUGGCAGCUGGCGCACCAUCUGCGAGAAGACCCAUGA